GGUGGAGCCGAUUGCGUGGUGGAGAUGGCAAGCCUUCCGGGCGACCAGAUACCACGUCGAAUGGAGUCACGGUUCCAAGCGAAGGGCGGCAUUCGAGCUGCGCAUCGUCGGGGCCUCCCGGGCCUCUGCAGGGCGCGGCCCUCAACCCGGGCUCGGCCGUGCACGGCACAGGCGACUGCAGCCCCUGCGCGUGGUUCUGGAAGAAGAAGGGCUGUUCCAACGGGCAGCAGUGCGAGUUCUGCCACAUUUGUCCCGAAGGGGAGCUGAAGAAUCGCAAAAAGCAGAGGCAGCAGGACAAGAAGGCUGGCGAGACGAAGCCGUCUGGGCGCUACGUAUCAAAGAGUGACGGCUCGAUGCCGGACAGGCGCGGCAAGCGAGGCAACCAAGACGAGCGGGCGGGGAGCAGCGCCUCCUCUACAUCCUGGGCUCAAGGCAAAGGCGGCAGCGAGCCAGCUUUCCAUUACUCCCACGCCAGCAGCAGCCACUUGUUCCACAAUCCAGGCUUCGUGCCGCCGAGGGCGCCGCCAGGGCUGGAGGCGAUGCCGACAUGGCCUGGAUACCGCGUACCACGUUCUCCUGGUGGAUAUGCCAGACAACCUUCGUCGGGAACUUCUUCUCCGUGGAAGGACACCUCCCACGCGAAGGUGCUGCGCUUGGACAACAUGCUGUAGCGGCGUCAUGCUUUUUUUUAUCUGGUGUGCAUUUUCUCUCCACUCCCGUCCUCCCCAUUACUCAUAAAAUUUCGUUAUCCAGAUCCUCCUCUUCCUCUUCCUCCUCCCUCCUCACCCCCUCCUCAUCGGCCUCCUGCCAAUGCAUCGUGGCCAUGUUGCCGUCCACAAGCCCUGUACGCGCCGUGUCGAAGCGAACUCGGGAUUGGCAAUGUCAAGCCUGUAGCAUGUGAAGCAUCGCGCACGUAGACCCCAGAGGCUGGGCAGGGUUGGGGGGGUUCGCCUAUUCUUCCUUCUUUUCCUGCUACUCGCCCUCCCCCUUGUCACCUCGUCCUAGUUGCCGCCCGCGAAGUGGUAGCUAGAGAGCGUGGAUGCAUGGCGCGGGGCCACUCGCCCGCCCCACGAGACUCGCAGGAGCGCCUCAAAGGGGCAAUCCGCGCAACUCUGUGCAGGGUGGAUGGGGUCGCAGGGCCAGGCCCCGCCCCCCCAUCCCCUUCUCUCGAGGAGGCGGGACCCGUCCGAGAGGGCGUGAAUGUUGGCGGCCGGCUGCCAUGGAUGUGGACGGGCCGUCCCCCAUCUCAAGGGGCUGGCCGACGCAGCCAUGGCAGCGGCUAGUCGAAGGACAUAUCGCGGCACCUACCGGGAACGAGCCCGGGGCCAGAUCCGGGUAGGAGGAGGAGCACGAG